AUGGCUUCAUUACUUUCGGUGAAGGCGUUUGCCCAAGCUUUGACUGCCGACAUUCAAAGCCUCGGACUAUCAGCUGUGAUUUUUGGAGUUUUAUCUCAUGUUUUUAUCUUCCGAACUUUACCUGUAGAAGAAUAUCUGAAAAGUUUGAUUCUUCUAUACGCUGCUACGGCUGUCGCGAUCGGGGCCACCUAUCUUUCUAUCUCAGAUGUAUCAUUUUUACAAGCACUUGUCCGCGUGGCUAUAAUCACAUCUUCCUUCAAUACAGGCCUUGCAGCUAGUAUUGGUGUUUAUCGGUACUUUUUCCACCGACUGCACCGUUUCCCGGGUCCUAAGCUAUCCAAGCUCUCCCGUUUCCAUGAUGCUUAUUUGGCGGCGCGGAACGUCCAAUAUAAUGUGGAAGUUGAGCGGAUGCACGAGAAGUACGGCGACUUUAUCAGAACCGCUCUGGCAUCCUAUGAGCCCAGGAUCAGACUCAAGGCAGAUCAGCUAGUCUCUCACAUGGAAAAGAAUCUCGGCCAAGGUAUCGAUAUCACUACCUGGGCAAUGUUCUUCAGUUUUGACAUCAUGGGAGAUGUUGGAUUCGGAAAGGAAUUCAACAAUCUAAGUACUGGAGUUGAGCACCCAGGCAUCAAAGCUGUCCAUGACCAUAUGGCCAUUUUAGGGAUUGGAAUGCACGUCCCAUGGGUCCUGUUUCUUGCUACCCGUAUCCCAGGAGCGUCAGCCUCAUUAGCUGCUUUCUUCCAAUGGUGCGAAGACGAGGUCGUACAAAAGCAAAAGGUCUACUACACCCCUCCUAUCAUUUUCUACUUCACCUGGGAUGCAAAAGAAUACCCCAACGAUGUGGUCUCAUGGCUACUCAAAGCCUACGUUGAGAAAGACAUCUCGGCACCACCCACUGCAACUGCACUCCACGAGGACUCGCGCGCUGUCUUAGUUGCCGGCAGCGAUACCACGGCCAGCAUGCUAGCCUCGACAAUUUACUUCCUAGCGAAAUACCCUGCCGUCCAAGCCAAACUGCAGCAGAAGCUGGACGAGGCCAUUCCCGGCGGGUCUGCCGAGUGGUCUUACGAGCAGACUAAGAGCGUUGCUUACCUGGAGGAUGUCAUUACCGAGACACUUAGAUUGCGGCCAUCAGUUAUGGUGGGCGCAAGCCGUGUUACGCCUACAGAAGGACUCCAAGUCGAUGAGGUCCAUAUACCAGGAGAUGUGAAUGUUUUUGUGCCGAUCCAGUUGCUCCAGACGGAUGAACGGUACUACGAGCAGGCUAAGGCGUUCAUUCCGGAGCGAUGGCACGAGAAGAAAGAGAUGGUUUGUGAGGACGCGCCAUUUUUCCCCUUUAUAAUGGGACCGUACAUAUGCCCUGGAAAAAAUUUGGCACUGAUGAGCCUUCGUAUUGCGGUUUCAAAGCUGGUACAGCGAUAUGAUAUCAAGUUUGCGCCAGGCGAGACGGGUAUUGGAUAUGAGACAGAGACAUUGGAUACGUUUACGGCUGCACUGCCGCCGUUGCAAAUACAGUUCCAGCGGCGUUGA